AGAGGUAAUGAAUCAAAUGGAGAAUGUAUGACAGUAAUGUCAGUACCUGUGUAUAGUUAAGAGUAUAGAAAGAGUAUACUGACUUAGAGACCAAAUGCUGAAAUCGAAAAACGUUGUUCUAUCAAUCUGCAGCAUUGUGCUUGAGAAAGAGCAUGUUGAUCAAAUGUUUAACAAUCUCUGUUGUCCCAUAUCCCAUAAAGGAGCCAUUGGAUGUUCUCAGGUUCUUAAAUAUUGUCAAGAAAAGACAACAGAAAGCAUCCCUCUGUGUCUUGAUAGAGAAAUGAAAGAUUGUAUCCAGGGAAGGUCUCAAGAUACUCAAAGCCAAGACUUGUACAUAAAACAAGUGAAUUUCUCAAACAAGCUAUUUUGGACAGAUUUCCUGGUAUCGUCAUUGUGCUUCUCCAUUUUCUCUAUUUGUUGAUGAUUUCAUUCACAUUGUUUCAUGGUACACUUGUGCCAUGGAAUUUGUUUUGGAAAUUCUUUUCAACAAUAAGAUCCUGUACAUGCUUUGUAAGCUCUUUGUGGACCACGGCUUCAGCAGUCGGAUAAAACCAAAAAGAUGUCAAGAAAAUCCGAUCGACACAGUGCUAUUUAUUUGCGGUGAAUCAGAAUCACUCCACUGAUGAUAGGUUUACGAUCAUUACUUUUGAACUUGAGUUUGAAUGCCACAACCAGGUUAUUGCCAAACUGAAGACAGUGCAAGGGCAUGUAAUUGAUAUUCCCCCUGAAGCCCUCAUGAAAAGUGAUUGGACGGAUAAUAUUAGCGUGCGCCUGAUUGUAUCAGUACUCGACAACAACAUUUUCAAGGGACCUUCUGUUCGAGGAUCUGUUCAUGGGAACGUCUUAGGUGUGUGGCUUGGUUCGAACGAUCUCCACAACCUUUCUCAACCUGUUACAAUGCAAUUUGUGAAUACCACUCGAACUAUGAAUGGGAAAUGUGUCUUCUGGAAGCAGUCGAAUAAUAGAGGUGACUGGAGUAGUGACGGAUGUAACACAAGCAGGAACGACACAGAUUUUGUCUGCAGUUGCAAUCACCUCAGUUUUUUUGCAGUGCUCAUCAGUCCCGGGAGGGUGCAAGACGCUGAAGAUGUUCGCCGUCUUGAAUAUAUCACAUACGUUGGGUCUUCUUUCUCUGUGCUGUUCACAGCCAUCAUCAUUAUGAUGUUUUUAAUUCAAAGGAAGAGGAAGUCAGAGCACUCUGUUGUCAUUCAUGUGCAACUAUCAGGUUCACUAUUCCUGCUGCACCUCUUCUUUCUGGCCAGUACAUUGGGGUCAGGAUCAGGAAAUAAGCUAGUAUGUCAGUGCCUUGGCCUCAUCCUACACUGGGCUCUGCUAGCCACUUUCACAUGGACCACUAUUGAAGGUUUCCACUUGUACCUACUUCUCGUGCGGGUCUUCAACAUCUACAUCAGGAGAUAUUUGCUCAAACUAAGCUUAGUGGGCUGGGGAGUUCCUAUAAUUACAGUGGUGAUCUGUGGACUGACUGGUGAAUAUGGCAAUUACAGCCUAACAGAAAGUGACAACAAUGAAACAAAUCUGUGCUGGAUAACCAAUAGGUUAGUGAGUUACAUAACAGUGAACGGUUAUUUGGGGCUGGUGUUACUCUUCAACACAGCGAUCUUGGUUGUGACUCUGGUGAAGAUGUGGCACAUAAAAUUUCGAAGUGUCCAGCAUGGGAACAGAAUAAGAAGGCUGUGGAAAGACUGGGUCACUGUCCUGGGGCUCAGUGUGGUUUUGGGUCUCCCAUGGGGACUGGCCUUUAGCACCUAUGGACCCCUGAGUCUACCAGGGAUUUACCUCUUCACCACCCUAAAUGCUUUUCAAGGUUUUUUUAUGUUCCUGUGGUUCUUAUCAAUCACAUACAAGUCAACUCAUGGGGAGAAGAAUUCAACCAAGAAUUUCUCCAUGAGUAACAUCAGCUCAUGAUAGUGGCACAAAGCACUAAGCCACAAAGGGUUGAAUUAAGAUGCAUUCGAUGAGGAUGAAGAUUUGUCAUGAGACAUAACUGUGAUGUACCUGGAAUCAUCUAACUUGAACACUGUCAUUAAUUCAUAAAUUAAAAGUCAAUUUAAAAAAUACGAAUUCUGCAAAAUAUUAAUGUUUUAUGGAGAGUUCAACGGAAAUGGAAACUUAGAUUUAUGUCUUCUGCAUAAGAGCGUCUGUAGAAAAGAGCUCAUUUUUAGAUAUGUUUACGUGAAUACAACAAUGUCUAUCUUCAAUCUAGUUCAGUUUAUGAUUAAUGCGAUAAAACCCAAGUGUCUUUAUCUGUGUUCUUGAAAUCAACCAAUGGCUUAACGAUUUAGGGCUCUGUAAUAUGUAGUUUGCAUGCCUAUUUAAAUAUAAUCUAAACUGUGAAAAUUGAAUAAUCAUUGUGUUAUUAUUAUUUUUUUAUUAUUAUUAUUGUUAUUGUGUAUAUACAGCAAUCUAUAGCAUCUUUACUAUAAGGGCAUGGUUUGUUGUUGUUGUUGUUGUUUUGUUUGUCUUUCAGUUAAAAAUAAAAACGACUUGCACAAAUUAA